GGCCAGGUUUACAAGUUAAUUAAGCACCAGGAAGUUUCAGUACAUAGUAGCCAGACUGAGACCUCCACUGUGUUGUGGUAGAUCAGGACAACAGCUUGUGUUCACAUGAUCCUUGAGGCCUAUAUUCAUAAAGUUCUUUGUUCCUUUGUGCCAUGCUCCCACAGGCCAAAUACUUGGUAUGAAGAUCUGAAGUUGGAGCACGAGGAGGUCAUGACUGACCUACAGAGAUUGCAGAAUGAGAACACUGAGGCUUCAGAGAAGGUGGAUGAGCUUGCCAAUCUGACAGUCUUCUACCGUGGUCUGCACAGCCAGGUCCUAAUGGAACAUACUCAGCUUAAGGAGCAGGUAGCCAUGCUGAGGCAGGAGAAGAAGAAUCGGACAGAGGAUUGGGUCCUGCUGAAGCACCACUUGGAGGCAUUGAAAUCGAUGUGUGAGGACCAAGAGGAAGAGACCAGUGACCUCCAAACCCAGCAACAACAGGAAUUUGAAAGAUUGGAGGGAAGCCUGCAGGUCCUGCUGAAGCGGAAAGAGAUGAUCACCCAGGAAAAGGACUUGGCAGAAAAGCUGCAGCAUCACUUUGAGGUAUAUUGGAUGAAGAUAGAAUAUUGGAUGAAGAUAGAUCCCCAGGACCUACAAUUUAUUCACCAUGCAGCCCUGAUUCCCAACAGAGAGAAUCAUAAUGGAUUACUGGGCUUAUCUUAAGCCUAAAGGUGACUGGAAAUGAUAUAAUUUGGGGAUGAGGAGGUGUGCAUGCAAGCAUGUUUCAUAAAGAGAGGACCUGAUGCUAUCUUUGAAGGUGUAUGUUUCUAAUACAUGGAACAGGAGUUAGUAAACCAAAAUGUAGAGAAUUGUGAAUGGACAAAGCGUUAAGAACAUGAGGAUCAGCAUGCAGUUCAGAGCUGAGGACAGAACACUAUAUCCAGACAUGCAUGACUAUGUGCAGGAUGCCUAAGAAAAAUUUUAAAAAAAGCUGUGAGGUUCAGGAACAAAGCACCAGGGAGACUCAGGCUGCUAGAAACUGUGUGCUACAAAAGUAUUAGUGCACAUUAGGAAGAUGAACUUUUCAAACAUUUAUCUCUUUGGAAUGGAAAGAUUGCAGCUGAGGAAAAGCCUUGGCCCAGGUAGAUCUUUAAGGUAUGUUUGCACAUAGAGGUGUUUGGGAUCCCACUCUUGCUAAGGAUGAACAGGAGAGUGCUGUGGGAUGUUCUGUAUGGCAAAUGUGUUGCUCUGAUUGGUUGGUAAAUACAACACUGAUUGGCCAGUAGUCAGGCAGGAGGAAGUAUAGGCGGGACAAGGAGGAGAAUAAAGCUGGGAAGUAGAAGGCUGAGUCAGAGACAUUGCUAGCCGCCAAGAUGACAAAGAGCAUGUGAAGAUGCCGGUAAGCCACGAGACACGUGGCAAGGUAUAGAUUUAUAGAAAUGGAUUAAUUUAAGCUGUAAGAACAGUUAGCAAGAAGCCUGCCACGGCCAUACAGUUUGUAAGCAAUAUAAGUCUCUGUGUUUACUUGGUCGGGUCUGAGUGGCUGUGGGACUGGUGGGUGUCAAAGACUUGCCCUGACUGUGGGCCAGGCAGGAAAACUCUAGCUACAGGAGACGGCUUUGAAGAAAUGCUGAAGCAUAUCCAGAGCUACUGGGCAUCCAGGAGGAGUGCGGGUGUAUAAAUCAGUGCUUGUCCUGAUGGACCAUCAAGGAUACUUUAGUGAAGAUGACUCAAGUGAAUUCAACAGUGUUUGAGCCCAAACCUGUAACGUUUUUAUCCUUGAACUUGGUAUAAACUGACUUAUAAAGCCCCAAAGAAGCGUGGCUAUGCUCUUCUUGAAAAGGCUGUUGCAAUUGUUGACUGCCUUGCUACCUACCACCUGUCCAAGGCCAGGCACAUGCUCCAGGUCUGUGCUGCUCAGUCUGCAGUGAGAGAAUUCUACAUAGCUUAAUUUUGUGUUUGAUUUUUGGUUUAGGUUCUUUAUCUUAAUUGUUUUGGCUAUGGAUUUGUUAUUUUGUUGUUAUUUGUUCUUGUUAUUGAUUUUCAAAAUUUGCUGAGGCUACCAUUGAUUCCCCCAUUUAAAGACCCAUUAAAAACAUAUUCUUUAUUAUUAAAAUAAAAAGUAAUUUCUAACUCUU